UUUUCUCUCUUUUUUUUUUUCUUUUUAUUUUUUCCCUCCCCCCCUGUCUUUUACCCACCAUGCUGCAGACGCCGCUGCCCGCGGAGGAGGAGGAGCGGCGGCUCAGCCCGGCGCCCCUGUCCUGAGAAGAUGAGGGAGGCACGGCCGGGCCGGAGCUAGCGCGACCCGCGCCUCUCCCCCCGUCCUCCCCCCGCCCGCGUCCCCGACCACCAUGAGGGAAGAGGGAGAAGCCGCCGCCGCGGCCGCCUCCCACCACGGACCCGGCAGAGCCCCGCAGCGCUGCCAGCAGCCGGACGGCAGCAGGGCGGCUUCCCCCCUGGUGCUCCCCGGCGGCGGCGGCGGCGGCAGCCCGGAGAGCCUGCGGAACGGCUACGUGAAGAGCUGCGCGACCCCCCUGAGGCAGGACCCCCCGAAGAGCUUCCUCUCUCUGCUGCUGUUCCCUACCGCCGCCGCCUCCUCCUCCUCCUCCCGGGCGCUGCUCAGCCUGGGCGCCCUGGCCGCCGUUGUCCUCUCGCUCCUGGCCUUUCCCGGCCGGGGCAGCGCCGGGGGCCAGCAGGACGGGAGCAGCUGGCGGAGCCCCCGGCUGCUGCAAGCCUCGCUGUGCCUGCUCCGCUGCCUCAGCCCCCUCUUCAGCAUCGCCUGUGCCUUCUUCCUUCUCACCUGCUACCUGGCCGGCGGCAGGCACCGGGAGCGCGGCGGCGGCGGCACGACCCGCUGGUGGCUGCUGGCGCUUCCCGUGUGCUGCUACUCGGGGGACUUCGUGGCGCUGCAGUGGCUGCUGCCCGCCGAGGGGCACCGAGAGGAGCCCCAGGACCCCGCCGACCCGCCGCAGGUGGUCCUAGGCAGGCUCCUGGCGGUGCUGGGCUCGGUGGCAGCGCUGACCCUGCUGCAGAGCUCCGUCGAGUUGCGGCGGAGACUCCUCGUCUUGAUCUUCACCAGCCUGGUGUGGCUGGUGUCUCUCGGCAGCCUUCACUCGCUGCCCCCAGCCCUCAGACCGCUGCUGGCCGGCUCGGUGGGGGUGGCAGGCUGCCUCCUGGCACUCUGUGGCGGGGAGCGCGGCAUCUUCUCGGCUGAGAGCCCGGGAGAGCACCACCAGCAGCAGCAUCACCACCCCCGGCUCCCCAGCGUGGAGGAAAAAGUGCCUGUGAUCAGACCCAGGAGGAGAUCUAGCUGCGUAUCCUUAGGGGAAACUCCGGCCAGCUACUACGGCAGCUGCAAAAUGUUUAGGAGACCCUCGUUGCCUUGCAUUUCCAGAGAGCAGAUGAUACUUUGGGAUUGGGAUUUGAAGCAAUGGUACAAGCCCUAUUAUCAGAAUGCUGGCAGUGGAAACGGAGUUGAUCUUUCCGUGCUAAACGAGGCUCGGGGCAUGAUAACAGACCUCCUGGCUGACCCGUCCCUUCCACCACAAGUGAUCGCUUCCCUCCGAAGCAUUAAUAGUCUGAUUGGUGCUUUCUCAGGCACAUGCAGGCCAAAGGCUAGUCCAUUCACACCGUUUUCUGGUUUCUUCCCCUGUCCUGAAAUAGAGGAUCCUGCUGAAAAAGGAGAUCGAAAGCUGCUCAAGGGAUUAACUAGCAGGAAUAGCCUGCCGACAUCACAGCUGAAACGAACUUCAGGAGUUUCUGGCAUUCCACCUAUAGACUCAACAUCAUCUAGAUGGGAACGGAGUAAUAGCAAGAGAUCUCAUCAGGAAUAUAGCACAUCCAGCCAAGGAUCUCAUUCAAAUGGGUCUUUUGGUGCAAACUUGCUGACAAUACCAAAGCAAAGAUCAUCUUCUCUGACAUUGGCUCAUCAUAUGGGUUCCAGACGAGGAGGUGCUUCUCCUGGCCUGAGUCCUGUGGGUUCACCUAGUCAUGGAUCUGUCUCCAGUGGGGCUUUCAGCAGCUGGUCACCUGUAGAAUUUCCUGAUACUGCUGAUUUUCUUACAAAACCAAGCAUUAAUAUACAUAAGGCUCCAGGAUACACAUCUGGCUCUCCAGAUUUUCAGCAGCAAGUUAAAACACCUCUAGCUUAUAUGUGUAGCAGUUGUGGACGUCAGAUACUCAAGCCUGUUCCGACACCAGAACCGGAAUUUGCAGAAUAUAAAGACAGAAAAUCAGGUGAAAUUGGAAGUGCUAGUGUAACAAAAGAAUCUUUCCACCGUACAGAGAAGAAAAAAGAUGAAAGGAAGGAAAAAUACGAGGGAAAACUUCUUUAUGGUGAGGGCGCCAGAGCCCUGGAAGAGGCUGCCCAGGGAGAGUAUCAAACUGUUUUAGUUCUGGAAGUGAGUUUACAGCUUAUAUGUGUAGCAGACCACGAUUCACUAAUAGAGAAGAUGAGCAACUGGAAUUUCCAAAUUUUUGACCUUGUUCAAGAAAUGGGAGACCAGUCUGGAAGGAUCCUUAGCGAGGUAACUUAUACCUUGUUUCAAGACACUGGUUUGUUUGAAAUUUUCAAAAUCCCAACUCAAGAAUUCAUGAAUUACUUCCGUGCACUAGAAAAUGGCUACCGAGAUAUUCCCUAUCACAAUCGUAUCCAUGCCACAGAUGUUCUUCAUGCAGUAUGGUAUCUGACAACACGGCCAGUUCCUGGAUUUCAGCAAAUGCAUAUCGAGCAUAUAAUGGAAAGUGAUAUGGAUGAAGCUAGUGGCAUUGCCCCUGUUCGAGUCAGCUAUACUUCUUCAAAAAGUUGUUCUAUUGCUGAUGAUAGCUAUGGUUGUCUGGCAUCAAACAUUCCUGCUUUGGAGUUGAUGGCUUUAUAUGUAGCAGCUGCCAUGCAUGAUUAUGAUCAUCCUGGUCGUACAAAUGCUUUUCUAGUCGCUACCAAUGCACCUCAGGCUGUUCUCUACAAUGACAGAUCAGUCUUAGAAAAUCACCAUGCUGCUUCUGCCUGGAAUCUUUUCUUAUCACAACCAGAAUACAAUUUUUUAUCAAAUCUUGAUCACGUAGAAUUCAAGCGUUUUCGUUUCUUAGUGAUUGAAGCAAUCCUUGCCACAGAUCUCAAGAAGCAUUUUGAUUUCCUUGCAGAAUUUAAUGCCAAGGUCAAUGAUAUCAACAGUCAUGGUAUAGAAUGGAGCAAUGAAAACGAUCGCCUGCUGGCCUGUCAAAUAUGCAUCAAACUGGCAGAUAUUAACGGCCCAGCAAAAGUUAGAGAGCUACAUCUGAAAUGGACAGAAGGCAUUGUUAAUGAAUUUUAUGAACAGGGUGAUGAAGAAGCAAGUCUUGGAUUACCGAUAAGCCCCUUCAUGGAUCGUUCUUCUCCACAGCUUGCAAAACUGCAAGAAUCUUUCAUAACUCACAUAGUUGGCCCCCUUUGUAAUUCCUAUAAUGCAGCUGGAUUGCUUCCAGGAGAAUGGGUUGAUGAAGAGGAGGAGGAUGCAGAAAGUACUGAAGAUGACGAUGGAGCACAGUUAGAGAGUGAUGAUGAAGAAAUGGAAGACGAUCUUAUUUUAAAAGCUCAAAGAAAAAAAGGUAGACGAAUAUUUUGCCAGCUAAUACACCAUCUCAGUGAAAAUCACAAAAUAUGGAAGAAAAUGAUUGAAGAGGAAGAAAAAAAUAAAGCUGAAGGAGCUAAACUGCUGACUGAGAUCUCAUCCUUACCUCAAGCAGAUGAAAUUCAGGUUAUUGAGGAAGCUGAUGAAGAAGAUGAGCGACCAAUAGGAGAAGACAAGAUAUGCUAAGAAAACUUCAGUGCCCAGUAUGAUGAUUGCCUAUUUUUUUUCCACUGUGCUGACUUUUGCCUGACACAGUUCACAUAAAAUUGAAAGGCCUUAAUACUGUGAGAGGAUUCUUUCUGCUCUAGUGGAAUCCCACUCCUAUGCACUUUCACCACACAGAAGAUGAAACUUUAUUCAAAGAUUUGAGUAUUGUAUACCCUGAUGCAAAGUUCUUUAUGCCUUAGUUGGUAUAAAAUAUUCUGAUAUAAUGCUGCCUUGCUGAAUAUGGAACUCUUCUUUUCCUUGAGGUACCUGCAAUUUUUAAAAAAAAAACAUUCAGUGACUUCAGUUACCAAAGCGGCAAGAACUUUUGCUAACAAGGAAAUGUGGGAUGAAUCCUAAUAUUGUCUUGAGUUCUUUAUUUCAUGUUAUUUUUGAACAUGAAUAAGAAAAAGUCUGUGCCUAUAUGAAAACUAUGUUACUGUUGCAGUGCAAGCCUGUUGUGGGGUGUCUACUUAGUGCAGUAGUGUGCUUAAUGUAGCCAUCUCAGAGCAACUGUUCAAGAACUGUGACAUAAAUGCUGAAUUCUGAUAUUUGUGGUUUAAAAAAAGAAAAAAAAAAUCCAGGUGCAUCUAUUUCUGAUGCUUUUUAUUAUUGUGCAUAAUCUAAUGUUUUAUUUUUGCAGAAAAUAUUCAGGUUUGCAGUGGGUGUUCAUGGUAAUUCAUUGAGUACAAGGCCAUUAUGGUCUUUCGCCUUGCUGUUUUAUGGUAGAUCAUUAAAAACCUAUUCAUCUACUUAAAUUAUUAAGAAAUCUUAUUCUUUUAGUCAUAAUGCUAUGUGUCCUGCCCUUACUCAGGUUCCUGUUUAAAAAAAAGUCAACCACAACAUAGAUUUUUAUCUUAUACCAAUUUCAGGUAUUAAAUUUUGAGGAAAUAAGAUCGUAUUUCAUUUAUUCUUUGUAUGUAAAAUUUUAGGACAAUUAAAGAGUUAAAAAAAAGAGAAAAAGACAUGAACUACUGUUUCAAAAUGGUAGUAUAUUUGAAUGUGCCCCACAACUUUUCUUCCAUAUAGCUUAUAUUACCUUCAAGUUUGAUGUUCAUCCUGAAGAAUACAUAUGGAAAGCAAAAUGUGAGAACUUCGUGUAAAGCCUAAUAGUAAGAUGAAUAUCACCAUACUAUAUUGCAUUUUUAGAUUGUUGGGUUUUUAAAUAAGAAAUUUAGACAUUCCACACAAAUAUAUUUUUAGGAACACUACCAUUGUAGGUCUAACUGAAAAAAAAAAAAAAAGACCAUAAAUUUGGCUACAGGUAUGUAAUCUAGUUUUAAAAGUCCACUUUUUAGUACUAAACAUUUAUAUGCUGUGCAGUUGAAUUGAAUAAAAACAAAUGCACACAUGUGCAAGUUGCUAAAUGUAUCUUUGCAUAUUUGUGUUUACAUUUACAUCAGUUGACUUUGAAAAAAGUUAACAUUCCUUAGAUAACCUUGUGUAAAUUGUAUUGCACUAUUUUACACAAACAGAUUUUUAUUUUUGCUCUUUGGCCAGUUUAAAUAACUGAAAGGAAUUCUUUUUAUAUUUUCGACCAAUAAGCUUUUUGUUGAUCCAUUUAGAAGACCACUGAGAAAUGCUUUUGCUAUUUUAUAUAUUCAGUGCCAAAUCCCCCUUUGCUGCCAUUUUUACUAUCACUGCAUAUUUUUUUUUGUAAUAUGAGCAGUGUUAAAAACAGAUAUUUCAUCAUUAAUAAAAUGUUGCACUGUUGAA